AUGGCCGAAACUAUCUUGGGCUCCACAGCCCGCCAACGUUUAGAACCUUACCUUCUUCUUUCUAAGUCUGCCAAGGGAGGAGCAUGUGUUCAACUGAUUAAAGACGUUCUUGCAGCCCCAGGGGUUUACGUAUUUGCAGAGCUGUUAACUAUGCCUAAUGUUGCUGAGCUUGAAAAUAAUGAACAAUAUCAAUCAUACUAUACAUUGCUAAAGCUGUUCUCAUAUGGAACAUAUAAGGAUUAUAAAGAAAGCAUUUCACAAUUACCUUCAUUGGAUCAAGCUCAACUUAACAAAUUAAAAUAUUUGUCGAUUGUCUCCUUGUCCGAGAAAUCAAGAACUAUUCCUUAUGAUACCCUUUUGGAAUAUCUUGAUAUACCUAAUGUACGUGAACUUGAGGACCUAAUUAUAGAGGCGAUCUAUCAGGAUGUCAUCAAAGGUAAAUUAGAUCAAAAGAGGAAACAACUUGAAAUAGAAUAUACUAUGGGUAGAGAUUUGCGACCGGGACAAAUUGAUCAAAUGUUACGAACUUUAAGUGAAUGGUCUCAAACGUCGGAAGAAAUUUUGAAGGCCAUCGACGCCAAAAUUAUACAGGUUCGUGAUGUAGCUGUUCAAAACAAAAAGCAAAGGGAGGAAUAUGAGAAAGAGGUAGAACGCCUUCGAAAGGAAGUUAAAUCAAGCUCAAAGAAUGCAGAUCAUAUGGAAAUCAUGAGUGGAUCGAUUGACCAAUAUAGUAGCAUGGAUUAUCAUGAUGAAAAUAUUAAAGGUGGAGGGCGAACAGGAAAAAGAUUAAAUUUUCGACCUGAUUUUAUAUAUCGAUAUCAGAAAGCUUUUACUCAACAAAAAGCAAGAAUCAUACUAAUCACAAUCAAAGCCCACCGAAAUGGUAUUAAAAAGCCUAAAACAUACCGAUAUCCAUCUCUGAAAGGAGUUGAUCCAAAAUUUCUUCGUAAUCAGCGUUAUGCUAAGAAAGGUACAUACCAAGCUCUGAAAGAAGCAAAAGCCGCUGCAUAG